AGUAUCGCUUGAAUUCUCGUCCGGCGCGGACCUGUCACACGUUUUUUUCAUUCAAGUGAUCAAAAAGCCAAGUUAAAUUUAUUUUUAAAGCUACGUUUUUGUGUAAUAUUUAUUAUAUGUGAGAAAAAACAUAAUUUAAUUGUUGGGUCGAUAAAAGUGUAGACACAAUGAUCGUUCCAAUAUUGGUGUGUAUGAUAAUGGUGAUCUCAUCACAACUGGAAGGCGCUGUUAGGAACCAGCGACAAAAAGGACAAACAUCAUACAACGAUCCGUCUGUCCUUCGUCGUGUUCUUCGUCAGGCUUCGUGCGGCUACUGGCCGAACGAGUUCGAGUGCAGAGAUGGUACUUGCAUCACAGCGGACAGGAAGUGCGACGGUACUGUCGACUGUCCCGACGGUUCGGAUGAAACGCACUACCUCUGCCGCAAUACACAGUGCCCCGACUAUCUCUUUCGCUGCACGUACGGCGCAUGCGUCGACGGUACGGCGCCGUGUAAUGGCAUUUCAGACUGUGCCGACAAUUCUGACGAGUUGCAACCAAAAUGCAACAAUUACACACUUGAAAUUGGGGGGCAGUUCAGGUGCAAUGACAGCAGCCUCAUCGAGAACGACCGGCGGUGCGACGGCAUCCGCGACUGCAGAGACGGCUCCGACGAGACGUUGAUGUCCUGCGCCGGCAACGUCUGCGCCUCCAACCUGUUCCAGUGCGCUUAUGGGGCCUGCGUCGACGAGGGCUCCGAUUGUAAUGACAUUGACGAGUGUGCUGAUGGUUCUGACGAAUCGGAUAUACUAUGCAAGAGGACGGUACCACGACCGACCACCACCACAACGACCACGACGACCACGCCGAGUACAACUACAGUGGGAGUUCCAAACAUGUGCAUCCUCCCGCCGCAUCCCGAGAACGGUCUGUUCCUGAGGAACGGUAGCGCUGAAUACAAACCCGGUGACGUCGAACCGAUCGUCUUUUUGAACAUCGAGUGCAUGCCCGGGUACAAGUUGGUCGGAGAGUCUAUGGUCGUUUGCGUGUCCGGAUUUUGGUCGCCCCAUAGAUUACCAUCCUGCGUCCGCGCCUGUUCGCUGCCGCCGUCGGACAGCGUGGAGUACCGCUGCCGGCUGCGUGACCAGGGCGAGGACGGCUCGCGCGACUGCGACGAGCUGGAGGUGCACGGGACCGUGGUGCGGCCCGAGUGCCGCCGCCCCAACUACUACAGCCCCACCACGCUGUUCUACAUGUUCUGCUUCGACGGGCGCUGGAGCUACGAGCCCACCUGUCAGGCCGAGUGCGGCACGCCCACGCCGCGCGCCGAGCCGCUGGUGGCGGGCGGCAGCGUGGCGGCGCGCGGGGAGUUCCCGUGGCACGCCGGCCUGUACCGCCGCCUGCGCGACGAGCUCGAGCAGAUCUGCGGCGGCUCGCUCGUCAACGAGUGGACCGUCGUCACCGCUGCGCACUGCGUUUGGGUGGACGGUCACGGUAUCCUGUCGCCCGAGUAUUUCGCCGUGGCUUUGGGCAAGCUGUACAGAGACUGGGACGAUCUACGGGACGCGCCCUAUCAGCAGACGUCCGAAGUAGCGGCGAUUUUCGUACCGGAACGAUACGGCGGAGCCCAGCUGCUGUAUCAAGAAGAUCUGGCAGUGAUUAAACUCAAAGAUAGAGUUGUAUACAGGACGUACAUCCGUCCCGUCUGUCUUGAUUUCUCAGUGCAAUUCAAAAAUUUGCAAUUGCAAAGCGGAAAUUUGGGAAGAGCCGCCGGUUGGGGUCUCACUGAGAGCCGACGAGGCACCGAGUCCGCGGAGCUGAAGGUGGUCGCCAUGCCCUACGUGGGCUUCAAUGAAUGCAAGCGUCGCACUCCGCCCGAUUACGUGGCCUUCAUCGUCAGUGACAAGAUCUGCGCCGGCUUCGGCAACGGCACGACGCUGUGCAAGGGCGACAGCGGCAGCGGGCUGGUGUUCGGCGCGCGCGAGCACGGCGUGCUGCGCUACUACCUGCGCGGCGUGCUGUCCACGAGCCCGCACGGCGCGGGCGGCGGCUGCAACCUGCACGCGCUCACCAGCUUCACCGACGUGCAGAAGCACGAGAGCUUCCUGCGGCAGUACCUCGCCUCCGACCGGCCCUAGUCGACGCCUCGACGCCUCGUCGCCAGUGAUGACCUAGGAACUCUAUACGCUUAUAAAUAUAAGUGGCGCCUCUUUUGUGGGGGCUUAAUGAUGUAUGUCGGUUUAACGACGUUUCGUGCUAUACCAAAACUUUUUUAUAUAUAUAUAUAGAGAGAAUGACGAGAUACUAAUUUAAA